CUCUCUCUCUCCCUCUCUCCCUUUACUUUUUUUUAUCGGCGCCGGCGCUGGCGCUGUUGUCGAUUUCAACUUUUUUUCCCACUCAUAUUCUUCCUCGAUUUCUACCCAAUUAACAGUUUCCCAAAACCUAAAAAAUGGAAUUGUCGAAAUGGGUUUUUGUAGUUUUCGUUAUUUCCCUUUUGAAACCUGAAAUCUCGAUUGGGGUUUCUGAGAUUUCCAAUGAAUUUCUCAAACUCGCUAAGGAAGAUUUGGAUUGGAUGGUGAGAAUUAGGAGAAAAAUACACGAGAAUCCAGAGUUGGGUUAUGAAGAAUUCGAGACCAGCAAAGUUAUCAGAGGAGAAUUAGAGAAAUUAGGGAUUGUUUAUAAACAUCCAGUUGCGAUUACAGGUGUUAUUGGGUAUAUAGGAUCUGGCGAGCCUCCUUUUGUUGCUAUUAGGGCAGAUAUGGAUGCUCUUCCCUUGCAGGAAAUGGUGGAGUGGGAACACAAGAGUAAAGUAGCUGGAAAGAUGCAUGCUUGUGGGCAUGAUGCUCAUGUGACUAUGCUUCUUGGGGCAGCCAAGAUUCUCAAAGGCCAUACCCACCUUCUCAAGGGGACGGUAGUUCUUGUUUUCCAGCCGGCUGAGGAAGGGGGAGGAGGGGCUAUACGGGUGGUAGAAAGUGGCGUUCUUGAGAAUGUGAAAGCGAUAUUUGGUCUACAUGUAUCUCCAGCGUUACCUCUAGGUCAAGUGUCAUCUAGAUCAGGCACCCUUUUGGCUGGAAGUGGCUUCUUUGAAGCUGUGAUAACCGGAAAAGGAGGUCAUGCAGCCAUUCCUCAGCAUUCGAUAGACCCUAUAUUAGCAGCUUCAAAUAUUGUUGUUAGUUUACAACAUCUUGUCUCACGAGAAGCCGAUCCUCUUGAUUCUCAGGUAGUCACGGUUGCUAAGUUCCAAGGAGGUGGCGCUUUCAAUGUUAUUCCGGAUUCAGUCACUAUUGGUGGUACCUUCCGAGCUUUUACUAAAGAAAGUUUCAUGCAACUUAAGCAACGGAUAGAGGAGGUUAUUGUAGGGCAAGCGAUAGUACAAAGAUGUAAUGCAACUGUGGAAUUCUCUUCGAAAGACAAACCUUUUUUCCCCGCCACCAUAAAUGACGACGCCUUGCACAAACACUUCCAAGAUGUUGCAGGUGAUGUUCUUGGCCCUGCUAAUGUUAUAAACAUGCUACCCUUAAUGGGAUCAGAGGAUUUUUCGGUUUACCAAGAAGUACUACCUGGUUAUUUCUACUUUCUUGGAAUGAAGAAUGAAUCAAAUCAAAAACCCGCUUCAGUCCAUUCUCCGUUUUUCAAAAUUAAUGAAGAUAUACUUCCGUUUGGUGCUGCAAUGCAUGCUUCUUUGGUUGUUAGCUACCUGAAUCAAAUUCAAAGUCCAGAAACUCAGAUGGAUACAGAACACCAUGAUGAACUGUAAAGUUUUUUUUUUUUUUUUUUCCUUUUUUUUGGUUAUAAAGCUUCUUUCCUACCAAUCAGUUUGGUUCUUGUGCCAUUGUUGGUUCAUUUGGCAUAAUUUGCAGAAGAAUUUAUAUCCCUCCUGCAAAUUAUAAGGAUACACUGUUAUGGUUAUGGAAUCCGUCUAUAAUUGAUGCCAUAAACCAUGUAUCCAUUUGAACACACUUUAAAGCUUUGUCAUUUCCCAUUUGCUAUGUUUUAUUGGCCUUUAUAGCAUUGAGCCAAAUUUGGUGCAAGUGUUCCCAGAAAUGAAGAACCGAGUUUUUACAGUUUUCU